CUUGAUAUUAUCACUAUUUUAACAUUCAAUAUCUCCUGAAAUCGAAAAGAGUUAGGUGUACUUAAGUGGAAUUAUGAUAUAAAAGAUACCAUGAUAUUUCGUGUAUCUUUGCUUCAUUUACUAGUGUAACAAACCAAUGAAUUACUUGGGUCGUCUAUUUUCAAGCGCUCAACAAUAUUAUAAAAGUAUUAACGUAGCUAACCUGACAGGUGCAGUGGAUGUUAUUGUUGUGAAAAAUAAAAAUGGUGAAUAUCAAAGUACUCCAUUCUAUGUACGUUUUGGUAAAAUGGGAGUAUUGUAUCCACAAGGACAGCUGGUUGAUAUCACUAUAAAUGGACAACCAAGACCAGACUUGUGCAUGCAUGUUGGACCGACAGGUUAUGCGCAUUUUGAUAAUAAGGAAUGCAAAUUAAAAGCAGAGAAAACUGAAUCACCUAUGACGAGUAAUGAAGAACUCCAAACAUGGGAGAAUCAUGAAAAUGAUCCUAUUGACUCUGGUACAAGUGAAUUAGGCGGUGAACAGUUAGAAAAUAUUUUCGAUUUAGAUCUUCAUGAAGUUUCAAUUGUUGACAGUCCAAAACAUGACACUGAUGAAUCAUCUAACUAUCAGUUGGUGGAUGAUGUUACACAACUGCAAACCUCAGCGCCUAAAAUGAGUUUGGUCAAACCACAGUGUGAAACAAGUGAAGUGAUUGAGACAGAAAAAGAGAAUACAAGCCCAGUUAGUCUAAAAGAUUUAGUAGAUUAUUUGCAAAAUACAGAUAACUGGCCAAAUGAAUUUUAUAUUUAUCAUUUUCUAAAUAAACCGAAUACCUCCUCUAUUGACAAUAAGUCCAUUGAUAAUAAUAAUUCUGAUAAUAAAUCAUCCCAAGUCAACUCAACAUCGAGUCAAACAAUGAAUACAACAACAACGACAACAAAAAGCAAGCUGAAUCGAUCAAAAUUUUUCCGGCGUAAAUCAACAAUCACUUGUGAAUUGUUAUAUCCUGAAGAUUUUUUAAAGCUGGAUACAGUUAAGGUGUCAUUCAACUCUGUAUGGAUUAUAUGGUCAGGAUGUUGUAUGUCAAGUGAGACAGCAGCAUUAAUCUUGUUAAGAAAUCUAUCACAGGUUGAAAGAAAGGUCCUCAUAGAAAGAGAUACUCUACGAGCUGAAUAUAAUCUUGUCCUUCAACAACAUAAACUUGAUCGUCGUUCUGAAUCCCCAUUAAAUUCAUCUAUUAAUGAGUUAGUUCAAACCUUUGGUGAACCGGAGAGUCAAACCAAUCAACCAUCUAAUACUAGUAAUAAUAAUAAUAAUAAAGAUAAAAGUUCUUGGUUAUGGUGGAGAAGUCGUAAAACAACAACAACAACAAUAGCAACAGCAACAACAACAAGUGUAUCUGAUGCUAUCUCAGAUUUAGAUUCACAAGAUUUAACCUACCAAGAACCGACAACAACAACAGCAUCACCACAUCGAGAAGCUGUACAGUCAAUUCUUGCUCCUAUUGAUCUACGUGUAUCUAGUCCAGUUUUCAUUCAAGAGGAAUUUGAUCAAGAAAACUAUGAACGGGAAAACUAUCCGAUUAGUCCUCCAGCAUUGUCUAAAAAUGAGCUAUUAAAUAUACCAGGCAAUACAAUCCCACUGUAUUCAUCAACAAUUGAUGUAAGAUAUCGUAGUAAAACACCAGAUCCACCACAAUCUGCCUGUUCACCUGAUGAAGCUGGUUACUUUUCCGAUGAAGGUGAACAUAAUAGUGUAUUUCAAAAUAGAAGUGAAAAUAUUGAACGUGGAAUCUCUGAUCAUCAGAAAAAUCAUCUCACCUCUGAACAACUUAAAAAUCUUAAUUUAGUCGAAGGAGCAAAUGAAGCCGUUUUUUCCGUCGUCAGUAAAUAUCAAGGGACUUGUCAAUGUGCAUGUUAUAUAUACCUAUGGAAUUCAUCGGAUAAAAUUGUCAUCUCUGAUAUUGAUGGAACAAUAACUAAAUCUGAUUGGUUAGGACAAUUAAUGCCAUUAGUUGGAAUGGAUUGGACUCAUCCGCAUAUAGCUCAUCUGUAUAAUAAAAUUGCUCUUAAUGGUUAUAAAUUUAUCUAUUUAUCAUCUCGACCAAUUGGUCAAGCUAGAGCAACUAGAAAGCUGCUUUAUGCAAUUCAACAAGGUAACUAUCGUCUACCUGAUGGUCCAAUACUCCUGUCACCAUUUUCAGUGUUGGAAGCAUUCAGGAAAGAAGUCAUCUUAAAACGAGCUGAUGAAUAUAAAAUUGAAUGUCUACGUGAAGUGUGCAGUUUAUUCCCCAGUGGAAAUAACACCGUAGGCAACGAAGAAGCACACGAAGAGGAGGAGGAGGAGGACAGUAUUCCUUUUAUCGCUGGAUUCGGUAAUCGACCAACAGAUAUAGCCACAUAUAAAGCAGUCGGUUUACAAGAUCAUCAAAUUUUCACUGUCGAUUACCUUGGUAAUGUAUUAUGCGGAGAUCCAGGAAAGGCGAGUAAACCGGACAACAACAACCAGACAAGUCCAAAACAGCAGACGUCAAAUUUGAAAUCGAAUGAAAAUGUUGAAUGUAGUAAUAAUACUGUUGGAACCACUGUUUCUCCGAAAGUCGUCAAGACACUCUCCUCUCCUGAGAAAUUGACUCCUACAGUAACGACAACAGCAACAGCGAAUACAUGUGUGUACGCCAACAGUGUAUUAGCUAAACUCAAUUUAGACUCAUUACUCCAAAUGGCUGAUGUGUAUUUUCCACAAGUCAAGGACAGAUUGAUUUAUGCUACGAAAUAUUCUGAUUAUACAUACUGGAGAAUGUGAAUUCUGCUCGCCUCACUACCCAUUCACCACACAUCAGCGUCACUUUACCUCCAAAUGAUGUCACUGGCUACAAAACAGCAUUUAUUGUAUUAUUGUAAAUAGUAACCAUGAAAGCCAUUCAUUUGUUCCAUUGAAUAACGCUAAACGGACAUCCUUCCCCGUAUAAUACAUCGUUAUAUUUUAGUACUUACGCACUCACACACACAUGCACAAAGAGUUUCCACAUGUCAUAUUACCAUGUACAAUCCAAGUAUCACCGACAGAGGGACAGUUUCUCAUGACUCAGUCUCACUCUCCUAUGGAUAGUGUGAGUGGAUGGUAACCGUUGAACCGUCGACGUCAGUAGUCGGAGGCGAAUGUAACUAUUUCAUACACAAAACAUGAAAAGAAAGAUGUACUAUUUUUAAAAAACCUUUAUGUUUUUUUUAAUAAAUUUUUGAU